AUGCGUUUGUUUUAUAAAAUAUUAUUAAAUUUAACCCUUGUCGUAUGUUUCGUUGUAUUAUUUUUUACUCUGCACGAAAAAUCGGAAAACAAUUUUAAAAACAAUUUAGUGAAUUAUCAUAUAAAACAAAUAAAAUCAAACAAUGAAUCGGACAGCCAUUUUGUUUAUGUACGAAACUCUACCGCCGGAUUGAAUUUUAAUUAUUAUAAUAUUUGGUGUAUAUUUUGUAGAGCAACGAACAAAUCACCGUUAAAAAAUAAAUUUACAGUAUUCUCUCAUUCUCUAGUUAAUCAUUCAUCCGUUCCAUUAAAUAUAAAUGUUAUAACGGAUGAAACGAGUCGACAAGUUGCCGAUGAAGUUCUUAAUCAAGUUAAAAAUUCAACAAAUAAAAAUUUCAAGGUGACAUAUCACAAUGUUGAAAAACUUGCAGAAAAAAUGUCGGAUAUAAUAAUGACAAUGAGAAAAUAUUUCACAUCUCAACCUGAUUCUUAUUAUUCCGAUGCACUUUUUUUCAUAUCAUUAGGAUUGCAUAAAAUAGCAGACGAUCAAAAUUAUGGUAUCAUGAUUGAUGUCGAUACCAAAAUACAAAUCGAUGUUAAAUUACUUUUCGAUGAAUUUAAUAAUUUCAGUAGCAAUGAAUUAAUCGGUAUAGCACCGGAACAAAGUCCAGUUUACAGGCAUGUCUUGUACAUGUACAGAGCUAAAUACAGAGAUACAAAUUUUGGUAAACCUUUGUCACAAAAAGGAAAUCCAGGUGUUAAUUCAGGUGUUUUAUUGUUGCAUUUUGAAAGAUUAAGAAAAUCUUUGCUUUACAAUAAAUUAUUAUUACCAGAACAAGUUAAAAGAUUAGUAGAUAAAUACAUGUUUCAAGGACAUCUUGGUGAUCAAGAUUGGUACACAUUGGUAUCUCAGGAACAUAAAAAAUUAAUACAUUUAUUGGAUUGCACAUGGAAUCGACAAUUGUGUCAGUGGUGGAGUCAUCAUGGAUACGAAGAUAUAUUCAAUAUGUUUUAUCAUUGCGAUGGAGACGUUAAAAUUUAUCAUGGGAAUUGCAACACUAAAAUACCAUAA